AUCUGAUUUUAUAUUAUCUGAGUGUGUGUUUUCCCAGAAAAAAAACGAAUCACUGCCAUAAAUAUCAACCAUCACUGCUCAUCAUCAAUAAAUUUGAUAAUAAUUAUGGCCAUCAUCAUGACUUUUGUACAACGAUUUCAUCUAUUCACUAUCAUAUUCCUUUAUUUUGGCCUAAUUAGUCUUUCACAAUCUCGAAGGUUAUAUCAACCAAGAGUAUCCAAUCAAUUGUUAUCAUCAUCAUCAACAUUGAUGAAAGAAAAUGUUCAGUCGUCAAACAUACCGAAUAAACGUUUGGUUUGUUAUUAUACAAAUUGGUCUCAAUAUCGACCAAAAGAGGGCAAGUUUGUUCCCGAAGAUAUAGAUCCUUUUCUGUGUACACAUAUAAUAUUCAGUUUUGGUUGGAUGAAAGCAAAUAAAUUAACAUCAUUCGAUUCGACUGAUGAAACAUUGAAUAAUAAAAAAGGAACCUAUGAACGAGUAGUUGAAUUGAAGAAAAAAAAUCCCAAUCUUAAGGUAUUAUUGGCCGUUGGUGGUUGGUCAUUUGGUACCGAACGAUUUCGAACAAUGGCAUCAACUCGUUAUAAUCGUCAAGUGUUUAUAUUCAGUGCAUUGGAUUAUUUGCGACAAAGAAACUUUGAUGGCCUUGAUAUUGAUUGGGAAUUUCCUAAAGGAAGUGAUGAUAAACGAAAUUUUGUUGAUCUUCUUAAAGAAUUACGUAUUGCAUUCGAAUCGGAAGCAAUUGAAAAAAGUUUACCACGUUUAUUAUUGACUGUGGCUGUAUCGGCUGGAGCUGAAGCAAUCAAAAAUGGUUAUGAUGUUCCAGGAGUAGCAAAUAAUGUCGAUUUUAUAAAUAUUAUGUCUUAUGAUUUCCAUGGUAAAUGGGAACCAAAAACCGGACAUAAUGCACCACUUUAUGCAUUAUCAACUGAAAGUGAUUGGCGUAAACAGCUAACGAUGGAAUAUGGUGUAAAAAUGUGGGAAAAACUUGGAGCUCCUAAAGAUAAGCUCAUUGUCGGACUUGCAACAUAUGGAAGAAGUUUUACAUUAUCAUCAACUGGUAAUAAUGGCUUCAAUGCUCCAAGUUCUGGUGGUGGUAAAGCCGGUGAAUAUACAAGAGAAUCAGGAUUUUUAGCAUUUUAUGAGAUUUGUGAAAUGCUUAAAAAUGGUGCCAAAUACAUCUGGGAUGAAGAACAAAAAGUGCCAUACGCUAUUCAAGGUGAUCAAUGGGUUGGUUUUGAUGAUGAACGAUCAAUUCGAGAAAAACUUCGAUGGGUCAUCGAUAAUGGUUAUGGUGGUGCUAUGGUUUGGACCGUUGAUAUGGAUGAUUUUAAGGGCACUUGUGCUGGAAUAAAAUAUCCAUUAAUCGGAAUCAUGGGCGAAGAACUUUUGGGUAGGCCAAAACAAAAAUCUAAAUUUGAUUCGAUCAUUCAAAAAGCCAUGAUAGUUGAUCCGUCAACCAAAGUAUUCGUGCCAAGCACUGAUAUUAACAUGAUAAUUGAUAAGCCAAAAGUUAUGCCGACUGCUCCAACCAUAAAUAAGCCAGUCAAAAAUGGAAAUGAUACAAACGCUCGAGUUGUUUGCUAUUUCACCAAUUGGUCACAUAAAAGACCUGGUCAAGGUCAAUUUACACCGGAACAUUUAGAUCCGUUUCUUUGCACACAUGUUAUCUAUGCAUUUGCUAAUCUAAAUAGUGAAUUUAAAUUAAUUCCCAGUGAGCCUAAUGAUGAAAUAGCCAAUGGCCUUUAUGAACGAGUUUUAUCAUUGAAAUCAAAAAAUCCUAAGCUUAAAAUUUUAAUUGCCGUUGGUGGAUGGAUGAUGGGUCCCAUACCAUUUCGAACAUUAACAGAAAGUGCUUAUCGUCAGACUUUAUUCACAUUUAAUGUAGUCGAAUUUCUGCGUAAAAGAGGAUUCGAUGGACUAGAUCUUUGUUGGGAAUUUCCUCGUGGAAUUGAAGAUAAAGAACGUUAUACAAAAUUAUUAAAAGAACUUCGUGAAACAUUUGACGGUGAAGCUAAAGGUUCGAAUAAACAACGUUUAUUACUUUCAGCAGCUGUACCGGCCAGUUUUGAAGCUGUAAACAGUGGUUAUGAUGUUCCCGAAGUAAAUAAAUAUUUAGAUUUUAUCAACAUUAUGACCUAUGAUUUUCAUGGUGAUUGGGAGAAAAAUGUUGCACAUAAUUCACCAUUAUUUCCAAUACAAGCUGCAUCCGAUUAUCAACGUAAAUUGACAGUGGAUUUUAGCGUCAAUGAAUGGAUCAACAAAGGAGCUUCUAGAGAAAAGAUUGUUGUUGGAUUACCAACCUAUGGUCGAUCAUUUACAUUAGCUAGUCCAAAUCUGACCGAUAUUGGUGAUCCAGCAAUUAAAGGUGGACUUCCGGGAAUGUAUACAAAAGAAUCGGGAUUCCUUUCAUUUUUUGAGAUUUGUGAUAUGCUUAAAAUGGGAGCAACAUUAGUCUGGGAUAAUGAACAAAUGGUUCCAUAUGCUUUUCUUGGUGAUCAAUGGGUUGGUUUUGAUGAUCCAAGAAGUUUCAAAGUCAAAACACAAUGGCUUAAACAAGCUGGCCUAAGUGGCAUAAUGAUAUGGUCAAUUGAUAUGGAUGAUUUCAGUGGAUCAUGUAUGGGACAAAAAUUUCCACUUAUUAAUGCUGCCAAAAAUGAUCUGAAAGGUUAUUAUGUGGAAAAUCUUGAUGAAAUCACUGCAAAUACAUUGUCUACUCAAUCUGAAAAUAAAGAUGAAGUUAAAUGUGAUGAAGCUGAUGGACAUAUUAGCUAUCAUAAAGAUAAAAAUGAUUGUACGAUGUAUUUUAUGUGCGAAGGUACUAGACGUCAUCAUAUGCCUUGUCCACAGAAUUUAGUAUUUAAUAUAAAAGAAAAUGUUUGUGAUUGGCCGGAAAAUGUUGAAGAAUGUGCAACGGCAUUGCUGGGCAAUGGCGACAAUAAUAAAUCUACAUGAUAAAUUUGACAUCAAUGAAUUUGAAUAAUGGCAAUUCUUAUUUUACCCACAUACACACACACUCUCAUCAUUUAUUAUCAUUCAAGAUAAAGCCUAUUCAUCUUUCAUCUCAUCUCAUGUUUCAUUAUAAAUGAAUUUUUUUUAUAUGAAAACAUUUUGUUGGCAAAUUUCUUAA